UGUGUACCUUGUUGAAAGCCGCCAUCUCUCUGUUUUAAACUUGAGGCUUUUGUGGUGUUACAUAAAAGGCAACAACCAUGGCUGCCAAUAGCCAGUAUUCUUUACAAGAUGCCCUGAAUGCUAUCUGGGCGGCCAUCGCAGCGCUCAACAGGAGGCUCGAUACGGUGGAUACAAACUUGCAGGAAAAGAUCAAAAUCCUAGCAGGUGGAAAGGCAGAAGAAGGGCAAACCACGGCUGGAGAAGAAAGUAAACCGACAGAGAGCCCAGCUGAACCAGCAGCAGCAGCGGCGGCAAGCCCCGCUCCACAAGAAGCUGGGGGUGAGUCUAACACAGCAGCCCCUGAAGCAGCCAGCCAAGACACCAAACCUGCCCAGGAACCAACUGAAGUGAAGCCAGCAGAAGAAUCAACUACCAAAGAGGAAACCCCGGCUGCAGAGCCUCAGGCAGCAGCUGUUGAAGAAAAAUCAUCAGAACCUGCAUCAGAGGAGCCUAAAGCAGAAUCAGCAGCAUCACCAGAACCAGUAUCAACGGAACCAGCAGCUGCUGAAGCUGUACCAACCGAACCAUCGGAACCAUCAUCAGUACCAUCAACUCAACCAGAUGAGCCUGCUCCUGUAUCAGCAGAACCCGAACCCGCCAAAGAACAAGCGCCUUCAGAACCAUCCCAACCAGAGCAGGUACCGUCAGAACCUGAACCAACACCGGCUGCACCUGUUGUAGCUGCUGCUAUUGCAGAACCUUCACCUGCACCCCCUGCACCAGUUGAAAGUGCACCCGAGGAACCGUCCCAACCAGAACCUGAACCAGCAGCAUCAGAAGCCACUCCAGAGCCUGCACCAGAAACAACACCAGAACCAGUAUCACCAGUAGUAGAACCUUCCCAAGAACCCACUCCAGAACCCACACCUGCACCUGCACAAACAGAUUCAGUGGAGGAACCAAAAGCAGAAGAGCCUUCAGAACCAACAGAAGUUACAACUCCUUCAGAGACACCGGUUGAAACACCAUCGGAAGCACCGGUGGAAGCGCCAUCAGAAGCACCUGUAGUAACACCAUCAGAAGCACCAGUAGAAACACCUUCAGCUCCAGUGGAAACACCUGCUGAGGCACCAGUAGAGACACCUACAGAGACACCGGUUGAAGUACCAGCUGAAAAACUGGCAGAAACACCAGCCGAAACACCAGCAGAAACAUCUGCAGAAACACCGGCAGAAACACCAGCAGAAACACCAGCCGAAACACCAGCAGAAACACCGGCAGAAAUACCAGCCGAAACACCAGCAGAAACACCAGCUGAAACGCCAGCAGAAACUCCAGCAGAAACACCAGCAGAAACACCAGCUGAAACACCAGCAGAAACACCAGCAGAAACACCAGCUGAAACACCGGCAGAAACACCUGCUCAAACACCGGCAGAAACACCGGCAGAAACACCAGCUGAAACACCAGCUGAAACACCAGCUGAAACACCGGCAGAAACACCAGCAGAAACACCAGCUGAAGCACCGGCAGAAACACCAGUUGAGCCUGCUGCAGAACCUGAGCCAGCCAAACCCGAGACUGCUGCAGAAGAGCCAUCAGCGACCUCAGAGAACACUGUACCAGAGGUAAACGGAGAUGCUGCCCCUGAGGCCGAUCAGCCAGCUGAGACACCAGCUCCAGAGGAACCAUCCAAGGAGACCGCAGCGGUAGAAGCCAAAGAGGCAGAUGAGAGUCCUGUAUCAGAAUCAGCAAUUACAAAUGGACCAUCGGGAGACCAACCCACAGAGGAGAAGAAGAUGUCUGUUGAAUUCCGCUGGGAUGAGGGCGGACAGGAAGUCUUUGUCACUGGUAGCUUCAAUGACUGGAAGGAAAGAGUGCAACUAACGCAAGUUGAGGAAGGCACGUUUGCGCAAACGCUGUCCCUCGGCCCCGGGGAAUGGACAUACAAGUUUAUCGUAGACGGCGAGUGGAAGACGAGUAUGAAACAGAGCACCGUAGAAGGCGAGCUCGGCCUGAACAAUACCAUAACUGUGGCAUGAAUGCAACACCAUCGGUCGUAGAGUUUAUAACGUCUGUAAAUUUCUUUGCUGAUCAGCUGCAUGGAAUCCUACAGCCGCUUCGUCGUGUACUGUAACUAAUGCUAGAAUUUUAUGUUUAAAGAAUGUGGGAACCAAUUCGCCAUUCAUUUGGAAUGGAGAGAGAGAAAAAAAAAAGUUGGAUGCUAUUUUCAGUCAUUCCCUUGUAUUUAUGGCUGUGCAGUUAAAACAUUCGUGAAAUGAUAUGUGUUCAUUUUGUAGAUCGGAGGUUUAAAAAACAUGCCUCCCCGAAGCCUAUGCUACAGAUACAGCAUGAAAAAAAAAGAAAAUCUUGUAUUCUUUAUAUCUCCUCUUUUUAUAUAUCCAUUGUAAAUCCAAUUAAUAUUGAUUAAUCAAUUGAAUAUUUGAAAUGAUUCCCACAUGUACAGUUAUUUUGCAACAAAUAUAAUGUAAUGUUAUGUAAGAGUCAUGACCUGUUGCUAUUACUUCUAUAGAUAUCUUGCUUUUAUCCCAGUCUGGAUAAUAGUGAUAGCAUGAAGUUAUGAUAAGCUAAAAUCCUGUCAUGGCUUGUCGAAAGAAAGAAGCUUUGAUGAUCAAUUAUGUCCAAAAAAUUAUGUGCAUAAUGAUUACAAAUGUUGUAAUAUAUCAGAAUGUAAUGUUAUGUAAGCCUUGUACUGCAUGUGCAUAAGAUAGGAAUCUUUGCUUUAACUGGCCAGUGAAGAGUGUAUAUGCUUAGCUUGUGUAACAUCGAAGCAUUGGAUAUUCCAAUGUGAUCUAUAGCUUCAAAAUUUUUGAAAAUUAUUUAUAAAGAACUCUUCAAAAACAAUGUAAAUUUGAGUUGGAGAGCUUCAUACUUCAUGGAGGUAGGUAGGGGGUUAUGUUUUGAUGAUGUCGAUUGUUACCGAGUCUAUGAUUUUUGAAAACUGCCUUCUGGGUAAUUUAGUCGAAAUGCUGGUAUUUCACAAUAGCAAGCUGGGUAUUAUUAUGAUUUUAUUGUUCAUGUGUGAGAAAUGAUUUUAGCCAGGAACAAAUGGAACAAAAAUGAUGUAUUUAUGGUUUGAAGGUUUAACCCUCAAUGUAUCUCUGUUCACCUUAAUUUGCAUAUACACAUUUAAAGUGUUAUAUUUAUAAAUUGUUUUAAUUGUACUGUUUGGUGUAAUCAUUUAUUAUGUAUACAUGCAUUUUUUUUUUCUAUUUAAAUGAUUAUUUUUAGUAGCGUUUAUGGUAGAUGGUAUUAGCUCGUAUUGUAUUUAGAGUAGGUGUAGUUCAUUGAAAACAAUUUGUAAUUCAGUAUUUUGACGACAUUUGCAAAAGCACUGCAAUUAUUUUCAAACAGUAAGAAUUUGCAUACAUCCAAGUGCCUGUGUGAUGUAUUUUGUAUUUGUUAAUGCAUUGUAACUUUGUAAUGAAAUGAAUUUCAACUCACAUUCAGCAUUAGUUCUUUAAGGAUUUAAAAAUAUUUUCAUCAAAGUGAAAAGUGUAUUUUAUAUAUUAUUUCUGAUGGCAGAAUUGGUACAAAAAAUAUGCUUAUGGAAACAAAAUUCAUGAUUUAACAAAAGACUUAUUUUAAUAAUCAAGUGAUAAUUCUAAAAUUUAAUUAAUCUAAACAAAGUCUGAUUGUACUCUGCAGUUUACAUUAAAUGUGCAGGGAAUUAGUGGACAUUCAAAUGUCUUUCUUUAAAUGAUCUUAUGUUUAUGACCAUCAUUGUGGGAGGUUUUAAUUCUAUUGCAGCAGAAAAUCAUAAAAGAAAAUAAAAAGAUAUAAGUUGAAAAAUAGUCUGAUUAAUAUCUAAUCACCUAUUUAGACAGAAAAUGUAGUUAUGAAUUUUUUUGAUCACCAAAUGGUAUUGGCAAUAAACAACAAACCCAGGGUCACCAUUUUUUAGUUCCAUGUGCCUUGAUCUACACGGCAGCCAGAAGCCAAGCAUCAGAACGUGCUGUUUUUUUGUUUUUUGUAUUGUGUUUUGUAUCGUCCAUGCUAAUUUACAUUACAAACCAAAUCAUCAACAAUGUGUGCUAUGUAUAGUGCCUUGCCAAAGCCUACCUGGAAAUGCCAUUAUACGUACAAUUGAUUUGAUAGCAACUCAGAAAUCAUCAUAAAAUACUGAUUGUAUUUCUAGUUUAAUGUAAUAUACUAUAUCCAUACAAUCAAUUUGAUUGCAUCUUAGAAAUCAUCAUACUGUUUAGGGUUGUUGUCUUUUUUAAUGUCAUCAGCUCAGCAGACAUCAGAUACAGUUUAGUUUUGUCUAUUUUGAUUCAUAGAUUCUUGCCUCAAUUAUUUUUCUUAGCCAAAUUCGGACAACUCGUGAUCACCAUGUGCAAAUAUCUGAUUUUCUUUUUAUUGUUUGAUACAGUGUAAUGUACAAUGUAUUUGUAUUAUGUAUUCCCCUCUAUUAACCCCCCACCUCCCCCUCUACCUAUCCCACCCACAUAUCACUCUUUCUCUCUUCCCCCCCCCCCCUCUCUCUCCCCAGUGUUCCUCAUAAAAAAAACAAUGAUGUAUGACUUGAUUAUUGCAAAUAGAUUCUGAGAAUCAGCUAUGCUAUAUAUCAAAUGAAUCAUCAGACAAUUAAUUUGAUUUGUUUAUUUUUAUUAGUAUAUAUUCCAUCUUUCCUGCAUAUAUCAGUGGUGUGUCUUUUGUAUUAGUUUAAUGCAUUUCUUUUAAUCUCUCUACAGAAAAAUAUAUAUGCAGAGAAGCAGGUAGAAAUAUCUACAGUCACAAGCAAUCUACCACCAUCCUCACACCUAAAUUCAGGAAAGAAAAUAUAUUGUCAUUUUAAUGGUUACCAGUAACUCUAUGUU